GUGGGGGGGGGGGGAGGGGUUGUGGGGGGGGGGGGGGCGGGGGGGGAGGGGGGGGGGGGGGGUGGUGUUGUGUGGGGGGGGGGUGGGGGCGGGGAGGGAGCGCUUUAA